AUGAUUCCUCGGAAAUUACUAGACACUUCAAUUCUGAGCGCUUGGUUGUUCGGUUUCAGGAGCGUCGUGUGCUCCUCUUGCUCUAUAGCCGAUAUAUUUCCUACGCUGUACGUGGCGCACCAGAAUAGAAGUGUUUUGACAGUCCACUUCGACCCGACUAAAGCACCUGAAGAAAGCCUCGAAAUCGUGCAGGCUGUCCAUGCGGGAUUCCAGCCUGGGUGGCUAUGCACUCACGAUAGCAACCUGUACGCCGUCUCAAGGUCUAAAUACCCGGAUAGCUCAUCGCCGUCCGGAGGGAUCUUCGCGUUCGCACAUACACAAUCCAGUGGCUUAUUCGGUAUCGGCGAUACAACUUCAGACGGUGAAGGCGGUGUGUUCUGUGACAUUAGUAAGGAUGGACGUGUGCUCUCUGUCGCCAACAUCUUGGCCCAGCCUGGUCCUGGGACUAACGGAUCCCAGAUCCAGAGUAACCCACACCAGGCCGUAUUUGACCCUUCUGGACAGCUCAUGAUAGUACCCGAUCGAGGUGCAGAUCGCGUCUACUUCUAUCGGGUGUCCUCUAGUUCCGAUCUUGGACUUGAUGUUGCUUUAGCGCAGAACAUCACGCUUCCACCGGGGAGUGGUCCCCGCCAUGCGAUUUUUCAGGUUAUCAACGACCGCGCCACAAUAAUGUAUCUUGUCGGCGAACUUGAUAAUACAAUCAGAGCAUUCCUAAUUGGUGAUACCGCCUCGUCAUUAACACUAAAUAUCACAAUGCUCCAGAUCGUCUCAACCCUCGGACCAGGCGCCAAACGUACGGAUCCAAAUAAUGAACACCUGGCAUCUGAAGUAGCAAUCUCUACCGACGGUCGCUUUCUUUAUGUCUCGAACAGAAACACGGUCUCUUACGACGCUGACUCCAUCGCAAUUUUCGCUCUCCAACCUUCGGAUACAAAGGCGCCAUUGACUUACUUGGGCCAGAAUUCGACGCUUGGGAAGAUACCAAGGCACUUUUCGCUCAGUCAGGAUCCGGAGAACAAGUGGGUGGCAGUAGCUAACGAGGUCAGCAACAAUAUACUGUUAUUCAAGAGAAAUAAGAAGUCUGGCUUCCUGGAGGACGGUAUUGUGGGAAAUCUAACAUUGGGGGAUUUUGACAUCAGCUUGGAGAGAGGGCCAAUGGCUGUAAUCUGUGGUUAG